AUGCAGGAUCUGGAGGAUUUUGACGCAGAGAAAUAUGGCAUCUGGGUCAAGACAUUUGGUUGUGCUCACAACAUGUCAGAUAGCGAGUAUAUGAUGGGACAGCUACAGGACUACGGCUACAGGCUGUUGGCCGAUGACAAGCAGGAUGCAGCGGAUCUAUGGCUAGUCAACACCUGCACCGUCAAGAAUCCCAGCCAGGCGGCCAUGAGCACGCUAGUGGCGCGUGGCAAAGCCCUGAACAAGAAGCUGGUGGUCUGCGGCUGCGUGCCCCAAGGAGACAAGAAGGUGCCUGAGCUGCAAGACCUGAGCCUGCUGGGGGUCACGCAGAUCGACAGGGUGGUGGAGGCGGUGGAGGAGACACUCAGGGGCAAUGUGGUGCACAUGCUAGCCAAGAAGAAGCUGCCGCGCUUGGACCUGCCCAAAGUGCGGAGAAAUGCGCAUGUGGAGAUUCUGCCGCUGUCGACGGGCUGCCUGGGGGCGUGCACGUACUGCAAGACAAAGCAUGCGCGCGGCCAGCUCGGCUCCUACGAACUCAGCGCCCUUGUGCACCGAGCGGCUGCCGCUGCUGUCGACCCGCUGGUGAGGGAGGUGUGGCUGAGCAGCGAGGACACGGGCGCGUACGGCCGCGACCUGGACACCUCUCUGCCAGAUCUGCUGCGAGCGCUCACGGCCGCACUGCCGAGCGACGGCCGCACCAUACUGCGCAUCGGCAUGACCAACCCGCCCUUCAUCCUGGAGCACCUCCCCGACAUCGCGGAGGCACUGAAUCACCCCUGUGUGUUCUCCUACCUGCACGUGCCCGUGCAGUCCGGCUCGGACGCAGUCCUGGCCGCCAUGAACCGUGAGUACACCUCCGCCGAGUUCCGCAGAGUGGCAGACACGCUGCUGGAGCUGGUGCCUGGCCUGGAGCUUGCCACAGACAUCAUCUGUGGAUUCCCGGGCGAGACCGACGAGGAUUUUGAGGCCACGAUGGCGCUCGUGCGGCAGUACCGGUUCCCCCACACCCACAUCAGCCAGUUCUAUCCGCGCCCUGGCACCCCGGCCGCACGCAUGAAAAAGCUGCCCAAUGGGGUGGCAAAGGCACGCAGCCGCGCUCUGACGGCGCUCGUGGACGGUUUUGGCGACUGCUACCAGCGCCUGGUGGGCAGCCUGCAGCGCGUCUGCGUCGUGGAACUCGCCGCCGACGGCCGCCACCUCGUCGGCCACACCAAGAGCUACAUCCAGGUGCUGCUGGAGCCGCAGGAGGGCCUCAUGGGCAGUGUGGUGACUGUGCGCGUCACAGCCGCCUCGCGGUGGAACGUCACUGGCGAUAUAGUGUCGCAAACAGCUGCUGUCAGCGGGAGCCAGUGGCUACAGAUAGCAGCGCUGGCGGCAAGGCCGGCCACAGCCACAGCAGCUGCCACUCCGCAGGAUCAGACAGGAGUGACACAAGCCGCCACAAGGAACCCCGCGAUGCACUUCAGCAUGGGUCUGCACAACCCUUAG